GCUGUUCCGAAGCUUGACAUGGCCGAGAGAGCAGCUGCCAGGACAGAUACGCCCCUGCAAUCAACGCCCAUCAUCGGUGGACGACACGCUGACGAGCCGCACGCACACCCGUGCGUCGACACCUUUCGGGCGAACCCAAUGCUACUCGUGCAGGUACGCAGCGCGCACGGUUCACCAUCUGACGAAGACGAAGAAGACCCCGUCCCGCUCUCGCCGAUCCUCGCGGCGACCAACGUGACGACGAGCAGCGGACCUAUCUGCCGCAUUUGCCACGAGGGUGACCACAGGCUUCCGCUGCUGUCGAUCUGCCUGUGUUCGGGCACCAUGGGUCUGGUGCACUUGCUCUGCCUCGAGCACUGGCUCAGCACCAGCGGUAGCGAGGCCUGCGAGAUCUGCCACUACCACUUCAACGUCGAGCGUCGGCCCCGGCACUUCUGCGAGUGGGUGAACAGCGCCAGCGUGCGCCGCGCCUUGGUCGGGGACCUGUUGUGCUUCGGCUUGCUCUCGCCACUGACUUUCCUCUGCGGCGUGCUCUGCCUGCACGGCGCCGCGCAGCAGGUACUACAGCGACGGCUAUGGGAAUCCGUCGGCCUCGCGGCGCUCGCUUUCAUGCUCUUCACAGUGUACAGCGCCUGGACCGUUCUUACCUUCCGCUAUCACUACAGCUGCUGGAGAAAGUGGCGCGUGGCCAACCUAUACGUCAAGGUGGUAGACCCACCCCGUGCCCCGAAUCUCGCUGUUGAACCUGGUUGCAGGGGGUCCAAAUCACAGGACGGCGGGGGCAACGCCGUCAUCCCUGCCACCCACAUGCUGCCGCACACAGGCAGGAGCAUCUUGACUUCGGCAUCGGGUCUCUAUUCGCCGUUCGAGAUUUGCUCGCCGAACACAGUGACUUCCGGCAGCACAGUGUGGGAGUACCUCACGUCGCGCCAUUGAGAAGAGUGCGGCGCUUUUUUUAAUGUAAUCUUUUAUAAUUUUUAAUUCGUUCACUUAGCUUUUUAUUAUCACUGGUGCAUAAACAUCGCCUUUAUGGAAAGAAGCGUGUGUGUCAUAUGUUAUAAAUCAAUGAACCUCGAAGCCGCCACGUUUUCCUACAGCUCUAGUCUGUUUAGGAGACACCAAGCACACUUCACAUCCUGCAGGAGUUUCAUUUCUUAAUACUUCUGCUUUACUUUUGUUCGUUUUGUGAGUGUCACUAUCAACGGCGCUACAACACCAUGGACGAGGAAAAAAAAAACGUGACACCACGCCCACACCGUAUCUUCCUCAUUCCUAUUGGGUGCAAGGACAUACCAUGGCGCCACCAUGUGAAGGCAUUCCUGUAACAUGCAUGCAGGGUUUGUGCGCAGCCCGCAGCCUCCCAGACUCCUUCUCUUUCAUGGUUUUUGCUGUACUUUACUUCCACGAAAUCCGAGAAAUAUUGCUGCAGCUCGAUCUUUGCUGCCUGCACGAAAUGCUACAUAACUGCUCCGAAAAUGUUUUACCCUUCUCAUAAUGCCUCACUGCAGGCGUCGUCUGCUAUAGCCACCUGUAUAUAUGAACACUACGGGAAACAAGUACGCUGCUUCUGUUAAAGGUAAAAAAUCAUUGUGUCGAACUGAAGAACAAAUAGGCAUCAACGUGUGCUUGCGGCAAAUGAAUGUAUUUUUGAAGCAAGAAAUGCGCGCAAUCGCACUGCUGCACUCAUUGUAGGUUUGUAUCUAAAGGAUCUUUAAGUGUUGGGUGCAAUACGAAGCACGCAAAGACAUUUG